ACGUAUAUAUUCACAAAAACGAUAUAUUGAAUCUAAAUAAUUUAAAUUAAAUUUAUUUAGUUCAGGUAGGUGUUGAGAAUUGAUUUUCGGAACGGAAUUUAUUGCGCAGGCGUCUUUCAAGACGGCAUGGGCGAUAUAAGUGGAAUGAACUUAGAUUCUUAAUAAAACUAGAAUUAAUUAGCUUCAAUUAAUUGGUUUGUGAAUCAAUUUGUCUGUGUUUAUCCAAAAAAUAAACAUGUCGGCAGGGGAUUCACUGGCCCCUGGUGCGGGGACGACAGGUACCGGCGGUGAGGAUGGCAUCGUGGGGGGACCCCGGACGCCACAACAGAUCGCGGCUCAAAGACGACUUCAACAAACGCAAGCGCAAGUCGAUGAAGUUGUCGAUAUUAUGAAAACGAAUGUAGAAAAAGUUCUCGAACGAGAUCAGAAAUUAUCGGAAUUAGAUGAUAGAGCAGAUGCAUUACAACAAGGCGCGUCACAAUUUGAACAGCAAGCGGGUAAAUUGAAGAGAAAGUUUUGGUUACAAAAUUUAAAGAUGAUGAUAAUAAUGGGUGUAAUUGGUCUUGUAAUCUUAAUAAUCAUAAUAAUGAAAUUCAUGCCGGAAACACCAGCAGCUCCUCCCCAACCUCAAUACGUAGUACCACAAGGUGGAACGGGACAAGCAGUAGGACCAGUAACAGGUGGGGAAGCUGGAGGAACUGUGCCCAAAACCGGCUAAGAGUUUUCUCGAUUUCAGAAAGAUCUCACGCUAAACUCACUAUAAAAAAAAACAUUGAAUUUCAAAUUUAUUUAUGUGUUUCAGAUUGCUAGUCCAUUUUGUUUUCAUUUUAUCGAUUCAUAUACGCUAUUUAAAUAAAAGCUCACCUCUACUUUUGAUUGUACUAACAGGAAGUGACUCGCGACUCGUCAGUGUUACAAACUGUUAUAAUUAAAACGUGAUGUCAUUAUUUUCAGAACACAAAUAUUUUACAGUAUUUUUGAAUUGAUUUUUUUUUAAGAAAAUGGACUUGCAUACUCUCAAAUCUCAAUUUUAUCGUGUAUAAAAUAUUUAUUAGUUUAAAAGCUCUGUACACAUCUUGAAAAACAAAACGAACAGGCAAGUUGUAUAACUGUGUAAGAAUUUGUUUUGGAGACAUCUUUAGGUAAACAAGAAUACAUAAUAAUAAAACUGUGAACAUAUGUAAGUAAUUAUAGUUUUAAGUUAUACGAUUGCCAAUUCAACGAUAUAAUCUCACAUUUAGAAAUAAUUUAUAUAAAGUGAUUUUACUAUGAAAUUCGAUAAAUCUCAAACUACGUCAGUGACAUCAAACUAUAUGGCAGUGUAGAUGAAAAAGAGACAAUAAUUUUUUAGAAUGAAUUGAGUAGAAUAUUCUUGAUAAAAUUUUUCGAUUUUUUCUGAUUAUCGUUUCAAAAACUUUCUGCUAUAGUGUGUAUCAUCAAAAUAAAUAUCAAAUAGUUUUUUACUUGAUUGUUUCUUGCACACGACGCAUUACAGUAAUGAUCGACCGCGUAAGCCUUCCACAACAAAUAUUUUUCUUUUAACAUAACCUUACAUUUUUAAUAUGUAUCCCACAAAAAUGCUUCUAUUAUGCUGCUAAGCUGAUAGUUUGGCAAAACUGUGUAAGUAUGACUUCUAUCGGAUUUUGUAGAAGUUUUAUAAAAGGUGUUCACAAUAAAUAUGAAAUAAAUUAAUUCCAAAAGGUCAAGUUUUACAUAAAGUUAUUGAACCAGAAAAAUUGCUAGAGUUCGAACAGCGUUGCCAUACUUUGAAAAUAGUAGUACUAUUGAGGACAUAUGAAAUGAUAAUUUUUUAAACAUUUCUUUGUUUUAUCUGGUAUUUAUUGGGAUAUUUAUUUUGAAUACCGUCUAUAGUGUAAUAUAAAACGAAUUGUUGAUGCCAUGAAAAUUAUAUAAUUAGCUGUCUUAGAUUAAAAAAAGGGUAUACUUAGUUCUGUGAGAUUAUGUUGUGGCUUAUUUUUCCAAUUUAUUUUAACGAGUGUUUGAAAAAAAGGCAUAAUUACGAAGAUUUGUUGUAUAUUAUCUUAUUUUAGAAAAUAAAGACUUUCGUCUCA